AUGGACAAAGACUCACACUGCACGGCAGAAGAGGAACUGUUGGAAGCUGUAAGCAGAAUGACCCCAUUUUCUACCACAAGCCCAUGUGAUGAAGAACAAAAUCAACCCAAAGCUGAAAUUUCAUGUAAAGUGAGAAAAGAAAAGCUACAAAAAGAUGUCCUUCAAGGUUCCAGUCCAUCCUUAAGUCCCAACUCUUCAAUGACCACUAAGGAGCUUCAGGAAUAUUGGAGGAAUGAAAAACGCCAGUGCAGACAAGUCCAACUCCUUUUUGAAAUCCCAUCCACCAGAAUUGUAGAGCACCACUUAUCUAAAUAUGUGAUGUAUAAAAUCAUCGUUUUGCAAACAGGGAGUUUUGACAGCAACAAAUCCAUAAUUGAACGGCGUUAUUCAGAUUUUGAGAAGCUGCACAGAAAUCUACUGGAAGAGUUUAGUGAAGAAAUGGAAGAUGUGAGUUUUCCAAAAAAAACUCUAACAGGGAACUUCACAGAAGAAAUAAUCAAUGAGAGAAAAUUAGCCUUCAAGGACUACUUGAGACUUCUAUAUUCUAUGAAAUAUAUCCGAAGAUCAAAAAAAUUCAUUGACUUUUUAACAAGGCCGGAGCUUCAGGAAGCAUAUGGCUGCCUGCGGGGUGGCCAGUACACCAAAGCUCUGGAAAUCCUUUUAGAAGUCAUUGGUCUGCAGGAAAGGCUGACAAGGCAGAACCCUGUCUCCAUUGUCCCAACUCUCUGUGCUAUCGUGGUGUGCCACAAGGACCUGGAAAACCCAGCAAGUGCCUUUGAAUAUGGAGAAAAAGCUCUGUCACGCCUUCAUGUGCAUACCAGCCACAGGUAUUAUAUCCCAUUGUUAGAAACAAUGAUCGCUUUGGCAUAUGAACUUGGCAAGGAUUUUCUCUCUUUGCAAGAAAAAGUGGAAGAAUGGAAGGCAAAGAAAGAUCCUGUACGGGUUUUUACCCUGAAAGAACUCGCAGUUCGGGAGUAUGUACAAUGAACAUAAGAAACCAUUUCCUUAAAGAGCAAAGCUGUCAAAUCUUUUUCCCAGACACAAACUCU